GAGAGUCCCGGGGCCCAGUUCCGGCUCCAGCUCUUCGCGUGGUCGCGGCACUUGGCACUGCCGAUCCCUCGGCAACCUCCUCGCCCCGGCUGCCCCUCCGUUCUCGGCAGAGCCCCCCUUCUCUCCCGACCCCCGGAAGUCCCUCCAUCCCCCAGCAGAGCCCCGCCCCUCUCCCGACCCCGGGACAGCUCCUCUGCCCCCGGUACUCCCUCGGUCCCUGGCAGCCCCGCACCCCAUGGACGCGGAGCCUCGCCCGGAUGGACAGGGAGACGCGCAUGUUCGCAGAGAGCCACUUCCGAGGCCAACGGGGACGUCUCCCCAGCAGGGCCUUCUCGACCCCGGACCAUGUAGACUUUAUCGAGAAGCCAGACUCCUUUUCCUACACCGACUUCUUCAAGGGUUACCUGCUCCCCAAUGUACCCUGUGUUUUCUCCAGCGCCUUCACCGAGGGUUGGGGAAGCAGGAGGCACUGGGUGACACCCAGCGGGAAGCCCGACUUUGAUUAUCUUCUUCAGAAUUAUGGAGAUGUGGUUGUACCUGUUGCAAACUGCGGGGUCCAGGAAUACAACUCGAACCCUAAAGAACACAUGCCUCUCAGAGACUACAUCAGUUACUGGAAAGAGUUCAUCCAGCAGGACUACUCCUCUCCCCGGGGCUGUCUCUACCUCAAAGACUGGCACCUGUGCAGGGACUCCUCUGCUGAGGGUGUGUUCACCCUGCCCGUGUACUUCUCGUCCGACUGGCUCAACGAGUACUGGGACUACCUGGAUGUGGACGACUACCGCUUCAUCUACAUGGGGCCCACUGGCACCUGGUCGCCGUUCCAUGCUGACAUCUUCCACUCCUUCAGCUGGUCUGUCAACAUCUGCGGGAGGAAAAAGUGGCUCUUCUUCCCACCAGGACAAGAAGAAGCUUUGCGGGACUGCCAUGGCGGCCUGCCCUAUGACGUGACUGCUCCCACACUCCUUGACAGCUGCCAGCACUGCAGUCGACCGCUGGAGGUCACGCAGGAGGCAGGCGAGAUGGUGUUUGUACCCAGCGGGUGGCACCACCAAGUCCACAAUCUGGAGGAUACUAUUUCCAUCAACCACAACUGGGUCAACAGCUGUAAUCUGGCCAACAUGUGGCAUUUCCUGCAACAGGAGCUCCGAGCCGUGCAGCAGGAGGUCAGCGAGUGGAAGGACACAAUGCCUGACUGGCACCACCACUGCCAGGUCAUCAUGAAGUCCUGCUCCGGGAUCAAUUUAAAAGAAUUUUACCAUUUCCUCAAGGUCAUUGCUGAAAGGAGGCUCCUCCUCCUAGAGAAGGAGACAGGUCCUGGUGAGGGGGAGGACAUUGAGGGUGCUGGACUGGGCCCCCAGCAGGCCACUUUUGACAUCGGCCGGAUUGCUGAGGUGCUGGCGUCCGUGGUGGCCCACCCCGACUUCCAGAGACUAGACACCAGUGUGUUCUCACCCCAGCCAAAGGACCUCCUGCAGCAGCUAGAGGAGGUUGUGGCUGCCACCGCAUCUCUUUAAUGCCUGUCAUGAGGAUUGGUGACACAUCCUGGUGUGGAAGGCAUUCAUGCUGCUCCAGGGUCCCUUCCAGAAAUAAAGCUCCAUCCUCCUG